UGCCACAUUGAGCUUUUGAAGGACCAGUCCUGCCCUGCCACCUACAAAUAUCUGCAGAUGGUCUAUAGCUGUGAACAGAAAGUAUGUCUCGAUAGUCUGGGCAUCGCCGACGGCAGCGUUGCAGACUCUUCCUUCAAAGCCUCCUCAAUGAAAGACGCCACCCCAGAAAAAGCCCGCCUCAACGGGGAGUCCUGCUGGAAGCCGUCAAGAAAUCCCGUCGGCAGCUGGAUCCUGGUGAACCUCGGCUACAAUAGAAAGGUGACGGCGAUCGUGACCCAGGGGUGUGAUAGCAACAAUACUCGCUCCUGGGACAUCAAACUUGAGAUGAGACUGAGCGUUGAUAGGAGGAAGUGGACCAAACACCCGGACGGAAAGGUGAGCGCGGGGGGGCCAAUCAAGUCGACUGUGACCGCAUCCUUCAAUAUUGUCACAACAAACAAGGAAACAUUCCAUUUCUAG